CUCCCUCUGCCCAGCAUGUGGUUGGCGCUGUAUGUGUACGAGUACUUGCUGCACGUCGGUGCCCAGAAGUCAGCCCAGACCUUUCUGUCUGAGAUCCGAUGGGAGAAGAACAUUACGCUGGGGGAACCCCCAGGCUUCCUGCAUUCCUGGUGGUGCGUGUUCUGGGACUUGUACUGUGCAGCACCCGACCGCAGAGAGGCAUGUGAGCACUCAAAUGAGGCCAAGGCCUUCCAGGACUACAGUGCUGUAGCAGCCCCCAGUCCUGUGAUGGGGAGCAUGGCCCCCAACGACGCGAUGGCAGCAGGCCCCAUGGCACCCGGCUUCUUCCAGGGCCCCCCCGGCUCCCAGCAGCCCCCCCACAACCCCAACGCCCCCAUGAUGGGGCCUCACGUUCAGCCCUUCAUGUCACCGCGGUUCCCAGGGGGCCCCCGGCCCACCCUGCGGAUGCCGAGUCAGCCUCCUGUGGGCCUCCCCGGCUCCCAGCCCCUCCUCCCUGGCACCAUGGAACCCUCCCCGCGUGCUCAGGGGCAUCCGAGCAUGGGCCCGAUGCAGAGAGUGACACCUCCACGGGGCAUGGCCAGUGUUGGACCCCAGAGUUAUGGAGGUGGCAUGCGGCCCCCACCCAACUCCCUCGCCGGCCCAGGCCUGCCCACCAUGAACAUGGGCCCUGGAGUGCGAGGCCCAUGGGCCAGCCCCAGUGGAAACUCGUUGGGGGGGGGUCUUUCUCACCUUGUCUCCUUCCUUGUGCAGGGACCGCCAGGAGGAGGUGGGCCCCCUGGAACACCCAUCAUGCCCAGCCCUGGAGACUCCACCAACUCCGGCGAGACCAUGUACACUAUCAUGAACCCCAUCGGGCCGGGCGCCGGCAGGGCUAACUUCCCGCUCGGCCCUGGUCCGGAGGGCCCCAUGGCGGCCAUGAGUGCGAUGGAGCCUCACCACGUGAACGGAUCCCUGGGCUCGGGCGAUAUGGACGGGUUGCCGAAGAGCUCCCCCGGCGCCGUGGCCGGCCUGAGCAACGCCCCGGUACUCGCCCGGGAUGACCAUGAGCGUGUGAUGGGGCAGCAGCCCCUUGCCCACUGUCGGCCUCGGCUUCUGCCCAGUGCCCCUGCCUGGGACCAAGGUCCAGGGGCUCGGGCAGUCGCUGGGUGA